GAAUGCACUGUUGAGCAGACAAAAAGAUUCGCGUUAGAUACAUUUUAAAGUGGAUUUCUGUAAUCAGCCAUGGAAGAACUCACGGCGUUCGUGUCGAAAUCAUUCGAUCAGAAAAGCAAGGAGAGCAGCAAAGAGAGCAUCACGUACAGGGAAGUUUUGGAGAGUGGUUUAGCCCGAGCCAGAGAGCUGGGAAACUCGGAGACCAACCUUCAGGAGAUUACAGAAACCAACAACAACCAUUGUCCGGUACACCUUUACAAGGAGCACGUAGAGCUGGAAAAGGAGAAACUGAAGGAGUUUAACGUGACACGGUCUACUGACGGAAUUUAUGACUGCAAAGACAAGAAGGAGGACGUGAAAUCAGAGGACGAGGAUGCACAGAGUAAACUGAAGCAGAGACGGAGCAGGACAAAUUUUACCUUAGAGCAGCUGAAUGAACUGGAGCGCUUAUUUGAUGAGACGCAUUACCCAGACGCCUUCAUGCGCGAGGAGUUGAGUCAGAGGCUGGGGCUGUCAGAGGCCCGCGUGCAGGUAUGGUUUCAGAACAGAAGAGCGAAAUGCCGAAAACAGGAAAAUCAAAUGCACAAAGGUGUUAUUUUGGGCACUGCGAGUCACCUGGACGCGUGCAGGGUCGCUCCUUACGUCAAUAUGGGCGCACUCAGAAUGCCAUUUCAACAGGUCCAAGCUCAGCUACAGUUGGAAGGGGUCGGAACACACUCCCAUCCUCACCUGCACCCACACCUCGCAGCCCACGCUCCCUAUCUGAUGUUCCCGCCCCCACCCUUUGGAUUACCAAUCGCGUCGCUGGCAGACUCGGCCUCUGCGGCGGCCGCCGUGGUAGCAGCUGCCAAGAGCAAUAGCAAGAACUCCAGCAUCGCUGACCUGCGACUCAAGGCAAGAAAACACGCCGAGGCGCUGGGACUCUGACCCCCAUGGGCUUCUCUGCUGCUCUGAACUGAUAAUUGCUUCUAACACAAGACUAAGCCUGUGAAAAGGCCGUGACACUCACAGUUAAAACAAAACAAAAUAAAAACAAAAGAGAAAAAAAAGGGGUGUAAGGGGAGAGAAUGAGAGCGAGAGAGAGAGAGAAAAAAAAAGUCACAAAAAACCAGCUGCCAAAACAAACCACUUGUAGAGAAAGGUAAUUAAAUACCAAUGAAUCACCUUUUACUUUUCGCCCAACAGGCAGGACUUCUUGGAGGCCACUGGCUCAGCCCUUUCCAGGCACAGAUCACAGCCCCAGGACCAUACAAAAAUGUCUGGAUGUCUGUCUGAGAACCAGCGUUUAGGAGAGAAGACUUUUAAAAAAAAGCAAAAG